GAAGCCCCUCAGGGAGUCGGAAGGAAGUGCGGGAACGUCUGAGGGGGAAGAGAGGUGGGGUGCACCUAGGUGGCAGACUGGGAGUUCUUGACCCUUGAGCAGAGGAAUGUAUUUGAAGGAGCUUCAAGUAAUCAGCAAACAAUACCAUCUGAAAGCUUGGUGUAGCAAUGAGAGGUGGCAAAGCCAUGUUGGGAAGCCUGCCCUGAAUGCAAGAAGAGAUUGCCUGUUGCGUGGAGUGCUGAUUUAGUCCUCAAGAAUCCUUUUGCUGCCACUCGCUUCUUAUGGAUUCAAGUUCCCCAUAGCUCAACAGAACAUGAUCAGGAGGAAAGCCUUGUACAGCUUUACCAGUUUGGAGUCAAGAAUGGCACAAGAGGGCCUCAGGAUCACUUGAAGCUCUGAAGGGGUGUAUUGAUCCUGGAGCCUCCUUUCAGCCAUCGCUUAUCUACAUCACUCAAAGGCUUUGAUGCUAGAUGCUCUUCUCGCAGAACCUCCUAAAUCUUGUGAAGAGACUGGAGGAAGGUUGGAGGAUUGGUGCUGUAGACCUUUGUGAAGAGUCUGUUUUGUCCGCUUGGAAAUCAUAGAAAAGGAAAGGCAUAGCUGCAAGAUGUACAAGAUUGAAUCAAGAUGAUUGUUACUGCUGAGCUACUUGGACUGUUGGAUGUCUUCUGGUGCUUUAUUUCCAAGCCUGGUACCAGGUUCCCGAGGCUCAUCUAGCAAAUACUUGGUAGAGUUUCGUGCAGGAAAGAUGUCCUUGAAAGGCAGUACUGUCACACCAGACAAGAGGAAAGGCCUCGUAUAUAUCCAGCAAACAGAUGAUUCCCUCAUUCACUUCUGUUGGAAAGACAGGACUUCGGGGAACGUGGAGGAUGACUUAAUUAUUUUUCCUGAUGACUGUGAAUUUAAGAGGGUGCCCCAGUGCACUACUGGCCGGGUAUAUGUGUUGAAGUUCAAGGCUGGAUCCAAGCGACUCUUCUUCUGGAUGCAGGAGCCCAAAACUGAGAAAGAUGAGGAGCACUGUCGUAAGGUGAAUGAAUAUCUCAACAACCCGCCAAUGCCUGGAGCACUGGGUGGUAGUGGAAGUGGAGGCCAUGAACUUUCUGCCCUCGGAGGUGAAGGCGGUUUGCAAAGCCUUUUAGGAAACAUGAGCCAUAACCAGCUCAUGCAACUGAUCGGACCAACAGGCUUAGGAGGACUUGGUGGGCUUGGUGCUCUGACAGGUCCCGGUCUGGCUAGUCUUCUGGGAAGUGGGGGGCCUCCAACUAGCAGCUCUUCCUCAAGCUCUCGCAGCCAGUCAGCAGCCGCGACGCCAUCUUCCAGCGCUUCCUCCACACGGGUGACGCCUGCUCCUGCCGCUCCCGCCGCUGCCACUGCUGCUGCCACCAGCCCUAGUCCUGCUCCCAGUUCAGGAAAUGGCACCAGUGCAGCUACAAGUCCUACCCAGCCCAUUCAACUGAGUGACCUCCAGACCAUCCUAGCAACUAUGAAUGUACCUGCUGGAGCAGGAGGACAACAAGUUGACCUGUCCAGCGUCCUGACCCCUGAGAUAAUGGCACCUAUUCUGGCAAACACAGAGGUGCAAGAGCGCUUGCUGCCUUACCUUCCCUCAGGGGAAUCCCUGCCCCAGACAGCAGAGGAGAUCCAGAACACUCUGACCUCUCCACAGUUCCAGCAGGCAUUGAGCAUGUUCAGUGCUGCCUUGGCUUCAGGGCAACUGGGACCUCUAAUGAGUCAGUUUGGCUUACCAGCUGAGGCAGUAGAUGCAGCAAACAAAGGCGAUGUAGAGGCCUUUGCAAAGGCAAUGCAGAACAAUGUCAAAUCCGACCAGAAGGAAGGAGACUCAAAAGAGAAGAAGGAUGAAGAGGAAGACAUGAGUUUAGAUUAGAUUUCUUAACUGUGUCUCAUGGGGACUCCCAUAUAUUAACUUUAAGAUAAGUAGGAUCGCUAGGUAACCAUGUAUUGAAUCUACAAGUAAAGGAUCGCUCUGCCAAAUUUAUUCUGGGUACACUGGGUUUUUUCCCCCUUGCUGCACUGUCAAACAGGUGUUUUGUCUUUGGCAGUAAAGCGCACUGGCCCUUGGAAAUGACUUGGUUUAUGUAACUGCAGUCUUUCAUCAACCUCAGUGGCAAGUUCUAAGCUUGGGGCCAGCACACAUUAACUGGGGCCAGCAACUCGGCGUCAACUGCCUGGCCAACUUAGUCCGUAAGUUUUGUGCUAACUGCACAAUCUACACCCAGAUUUGAGGAUCAUCCAAGGCCUUGCCUGUAUGCAGCAGAAUGUUUGACCUCUUAAAACGUAUCUCUGUAAGAAAUUGCUUGGAUUUAAUAGUCUUAUUGUGAGAAGUACCUUCACAUAAGAUGGUGUGUCUUACGAAGUCGUAUUUCCCCCAUCCUUCAUUAAAUGUUUGAGGGGCAUCUAA